AUGCGAGUGCCGGUCAUCCAUAACAAGACGGUGUACACACACCUCAACACCACGACCUGGACUCUCGACAAAUUCAAGACCGACGCUCACGAGGCCUUCUACUACAUUGAGAGCAUAUGCAACGCCUGGUUCUCAUUCGAGAUCGCCAUGAGAUUUGUGGUCAGUCCCAGUAAAUUAGAUUUCGUUCGCGAUAUGAUUAACGUAAUCGACUUCAUCGCAACCAUGUCUUUCUACUCGGAUAUGAUUCUGCAGAGAUUGGCCGCUGAUAUAGAAAACGCUGAUAUUCUCGACUUCUUCAGCAUUAUUCGUAUAUUAAGGCUCUUUAAGCUGACCCGACAUUCCCGGGGUCUUAAGAUAUUAGUUCACACAUUCAAAGCCAGUGCUAAGGAAUUGUUUUUAUUGGUCUUCUUUCUGGUGUUGGGAAUCGUUAUAUUCGCGAGUCUUGUCUAUUAUGCCGAACGUCUUCAGGCGAACCCCAGGAAUGACUUUAAAAGUAUUCCCGAAGGCUUGUGGUGGGCCAUCGUCACCAUGACUACUGUCGGAUAUGGAGAUAUGGUGCCCCGCACUUACGCCGGAAUGCUUGUGGGCGCCCUGUGCGCACUGGCCGGUGUGCUCACCAUCGCCCUCCCGGUGCCCGUCAUUGUGUCCAACUUUACAAUGUUUUACUCACACACUCAGGCGCGUGAAAAGCUGCCCCGACAGAGACGGAGGGUGUGUAAUGUGCCCCAAGAUAACGACCCCAUGAAUGACAAUAAUAAGGCCAAUACUCCAGUACAACAGUCGGGCGCUAAUCGGCGUAUGAAUGCCGUGAAAAUUUCUUACGAUAUAUCUCCCAAAUCAGGAUCUAUAAAUGAGAAGAGCUAUCGAAUCAAUGCCGUCCCAAAUGUUCAAUGCAUUCACAGCACAACCACUACAGCGCCGGCAGUUAGCACACAGAGUGUGACUAAUCCAUGCGAUAAAUCGCCGGUAAUGGCCGCAAACGCCGGCACCACUGCUACUCCCAGCGCAUCCAUAAUCACCACAAACGAGCCUGGUGCGCCCAUAGCCACGACCAACACGGAGGUGACAGUGGAUGCCAAGACGGGCGCUCAUCCUCAGGUGCACACCAUUGCCGCCACGAGAGAGACACAUCUCAGAGCAAGCCUUCAUCGGGACGUAAGUCUUCGCGAACCAGUGCUAACUCGAGCUCUGGAACAGCCUAUUGUUGACAACUGUUCCCAAGUAGUCGUUAUAUCGUCUGAACAUUUGAAGACAAAGUGAUUUCAUAUUUCUAUAUAAAAAGACAAAUAUUUUCAUCUGUUUCUCAAAACUCGGACAUAACUCUCAUUGAAAGCUAUAGUGAAUAAAGUAAUAGAUUUUUAUGAUUAUAGUCUAAAUCAAUGCUCAAAGUGUUAUACACACAGUGAAUGUCUGUAUGUCUGGCUGUGUCUGUACUGUUCAUGUGGAUGUCCUUUAUUGUCAUCAAAAGGUCAUACCAUACCAUACAUCACACACUCAUCAUUUGACAUCAUCUGUGACUUUAUUAUUAUACUUAUCUCUCAUCUCUUUCUAUACAUUUCAUCGAUCAAUACAAGAAGUGCUUAAACGAUAACUCUGUGGAAAGCCGUCUAACAGUUGAUUGCAUAUAAAACACUCAACACUUUAAUAAUACUAUAAAAAGCAAAUCAGAAU